AUUGCGAUUAUUCACGGACCAGAAAGAAUCUCCACUGUUCCGGUGUUUUAAAGACUGUAUAUAUAUCUAUGUUGUUAAGAUCAGUCGGGAUCUCAGGAACAAAGGCUCAAAAGAAAGAUCUAAAAGGACUACCCCUUUCCGCUCAUGAAAUAUUGCUUUAUUAACCAGAAGCAAAGCAGGAUGUUAGCUUCUGGACCAGGUGGCCAGGGAACCAAGCAUUUGCUGCUCUCGGUUCUGCUCCUUGCAGCGUUGGAGGCCGAGAGCGGCCAGGUCCGCUACUCGGUCCCGGAGGAGGCCAAACACGGCACCUUCGUGGGUCGCAUCGCCCAGGACCUGGGGCUGGAGCUGGUGGAGCUGGUGCCACGCUUGUUCCGGGUGGCGUCCAUAGGCCACAGGGACCUUCUGGAGGUAAAUCUGCAGAAUGGCAUUUUGUUUGUGAAUUCUCGGAUCGACCGCGAGGAGCUGUGUGGGAGGACUCUGGAGUGCAGCAUCCACCUGGAGGUGAUCGUGGACAGGCCGCUGCAGGUUUUCCAUGUGGAGGUGGAGGUGAAGGACAUUAACGACAAUCCGCCUGUGUUCCCAGCACCACGAAAAAAAUUGUUUAUUUCUGAAACUACAGCUCUUGACUCUCAUUUUUCACUAGAGGGCGCCUCUGAUGCAGACAUCGGGGCCAAUGCUCUUCUGACUUACAGACUGAGCCCCAAUGAGUAUUUCUCUCUGGAAGUACCCACCAACGAUGAUCAGGUAAAACCACUCCAACUAGUGCUAAAAAAACCUUUAGACAGGGAGGUCGCUUCAGAGCUUCUCUUGGUGCUCAAAGCAACUGAUGGGGGAAAGCCCGAGCUGACAGGUACCACAGAGUUACACAUCACAGUGCUGGAUGUAAAUGACAACGCCCCAGUGUUUGACAAAGCUGUCGAUCGUGUAAAAUUAUUGGAGAAUUCGAGAAACGGUACACUGGUUAUUAAACUUAACGCCUCGGAUUUGGAUGAAGGUUCAAACAGCCAUAUUCUUUAUUCCUUUGCAACUGAUGUCUCCUCUAAUACAGAAGACUUUUUCCACAUAGAUUCAGCCAGUGGAGAAAUAAAAGUAAACGGAAAAAUAGAUUUUGAAGAAACCAAAUUAUGGAAACUUCAAAUAGAAGCAGUUGACAAAGGAAAUCCCCCGAUGUUUGGUCACUGCACGGUCUUGAUAGAAAUCUUGGAUAUUAAUGAUAAUGCUCCGGAGUUACUAGUGACGUCACUAUCAUUGUCUGUUCCAGAGGAUGCUACACUAGGGACUGUCAUUGCCCUAAUCAGUGUAACUGACCGUGACUCUGGCGCCAACGGGCAGGUGACCUGCUCACUCACACCCCAAGUCCCCUUCAAGCUGGUGUCCACCUUCAAGAAUUACUAUUCGCUGGUGCUGGACAGCGCCCUGGACAGAGAGAGCGUGGCGAACUACGCUCUGGUAGUGACCGCACGCGACGGAGGCUCGCCUUCGCUGUCGGCCACGGCCAGCGUGUCCGUGGAGGUGGCCGACGUGAACGACAACGCGCCGGCAUUCGCGCAGCCCGAGUACACGGUGUUCGUGAAGGAGAACAACCCGCCCGGCUGCCACAUCUUCACGGUGUCGGCGCGGGACGCGGACGCGCAGGAGAACGCGCUGGUGUCCUACUCGCUGGUGGAGCGGCGCGUGGGCGAGCGCGCGCUGUCGAGCUACGUGUCGGUGCACGCGGAGAGCGGCAAGGUGUACGCGCUGCAGCCGCUGGACCACGAGGAGCUGGAGCUGCUGCAGUUCCAAGUGAGCGCGCGCGACGCGGGCGUGCCUCCCCUGGGCAGCAACGUGACGCUGCAGGUGUUCGUGCUGGACGAGAACGACAACGCGCCCGCGCUGCUGCCGCUGCCCCUGCCCCUGCCCCUGCCCGGGGCGCGCGGCGGGGGCGGCGCGCUGAGCGAGCCGGUGUCGCGGGCGGUGGGCGCGGGCCACGUGGUGGCCAAGGUGCGCGCGGUGGACGCGGACUCGGGCUACAACGCGUGGCUGUCGUACGAGCUGCAGCCGGUGGCGGGGGGCGCGCGCAGCCCGUUCCGCGUGGCGCUGUACACGGGCGAGAUCAGCACGACGCGCGCCCUGGACGAGGCGGACGCGCCGCGCCAGCGCCUGCUGGUGCUGGUGAAGGACCACGGCGAGCCGGCGCUGACGGCCACGGCCACUGUGCUGCUGUCGCUGGUGGAGAGCGGCCAGGCGCCCAGGCCGUCGUCGCGGGUGUUGGCGGGCGGCGCGGGCGCGGGCGCGGGCGCGGGCGCGGGCGCGGCGCUGGUGGACGUCAACGUGUACCUGAUCGUCGCCAUCUGCGCGGUGUCCAGCCUGUUGGUGCUCACGCUGCUGCUGUCCACGGCGCUGCGGUGCUCGGCGCCGCCCAGCGAGGGCGCGUGCGGGCCGGGGAAGCCCACGCUGGUGUGCUCCAGCGCGGUGGGGAGCUGGUCGUACUCGCAGCAGAGGCGGCAGAGGGUGUGCUCUGGGGAGGGCCCGCCCAAGGCCGACCUCAUGGCCUUCAGCCCCAGUGUUCCUCCUGCUUCAGGUUCUGGAGAUAGUGGAGAACAACAGAUUUUCCGGAAUGAGGUGAGUACAGUAAUUCUGGAAUGUAUUUAAUUCCUGUUGAGGUCAAUCGCAGAGUAUGUUCAGUGAUAUUACUGUAAGUUGAUUGCUCCAGAUACUGGAUUUAGUUUCAGCCUUACCUUUGGGAUAAGGUGCUUCAGAUAAACUACAUUUUUCCUUAUUUCCUAGCAUAAUUUCAGCUUUGCUAAUUGCGUGUUGAAUCUAGUGCUGCUCUCUUUCAGAUUAAUUCAUUGAUUUCCUUUUUUUUAUUUGGAAGAUUUAUUUGAUAUUUGAUCAUAUUUAUGUUUCUUCCAUUCAUGGUACCCAUUGUGAGGCUGUAUGGAAAUAUUUUAGGGUAGAGUAAGAAAAUUCACUCUUCUUUGUGUUUUGUGUUUAAGAGAAUCUUCCCAUAUAUGGGGAAAUAUCGUCCUGCUGCCUGUGUGUCUACCAAGCCACUAUUUCAAGGUCUUUGAAAUGGCAUUGAUGUAAAUAGCUUAAGCAAACAACCUUGGAAUAUUUAUAAAGUCAUUUCCAUUUGGUGAUGUU